UGGAAGAGUGAUGGUGGGAGGUGACAAAACUUCCUGUCCUGUACAACAGACACUUCCACCGAACACUGCGACUUGCACAUCUGCGCGAAGAUUCGUAGUUUUUUUUUGCUUAAACACUGAAGAAGUAUCACACCUGGAAGACGCCGAUGUUACAAGGACCUUCGGUUAAAUGACGAUGAGGAUCAACAUGUGGCAGAUUAUCCUCCUGUUGUCUUUGGCAGGCGGUUUAGGGGAGGAAAGGAAGCCAGAUUUGUGCCAAACUGACACAGCGAGACAAUUCGUCCUGGACAAAAUUGACGAAAUUAAAACCAACACAGGCAAAGAGGCUUGGCAGUACAUGGCGAAGAAGAAGCAAGGAGUCGAUGGCCAGUUGUUGGUCGAGUUUAGAGAAAUCAGCAAGGCUAUCGAUGAUGUCGUCAAGCCUGUAUUGCUGACGAGGGUCGUUGAAAAUCUUUGGGCCUUUGCGGCAAUAGAGCUCGAGGAGAACAACAUAAACACAUUUUACUCCACUUUUAAAAAGUACCAAAAUAAACCUGAUUCGCUUAUAUAUAAAGACAGUUGGUCUGAUUUCGCGCACAGCUGCUUGAACAAUUCACCGAACAAACAUUCUGUACAGCAGUCAUUGGAAAUUAUCCAGGACUUGAUUUAUAAUGAAGAAACUCUAACAAAUGUGUUCCAGUUAACAAUGAGAGAAGCGAACGAAGACUACUUAAGAUGUGAAAAAGAUCAAUCGGUUCAACAAAUUCUUUUUAACUUGUAUAAUCAUGUACAAAUAACACAGCUGAAAGCAUACGCAAUGUUGCAGUUUUCGUGGAUGCUAUUGAAAGCAUAUGAUAAAGGAAACUUUGAAAUGGAAUCAGAACUAUUUAAACAUAAAUAUUUAGAAAGAAUGGAACAACAGGCAAACAGUAUUGUAUAUGAAAUGCAACAAGCACCAAAUGAAAUUAAAAAAUGUGAUCCUUUGAUACACAAACAAGAUGAAACAUAUACUGAAUUAACUCGUUUCCUUCAGGGAUAUAUAGUUAAUGAAGUAGAUCUAAACAAAGAAAAAACAUGUGCAGAGGAUUGCAGUUUUUACAAAUACACAAAACAACAUAGUUGUUUCCAGGAUCAGUUUUGUGCAAAGCAACCUAUCUGUAAGGGAAAUAUUGUUGGAUGCAACUUUGUCGAUUCCGAUAUGUGGAUCUGCCAAGCGCCCGAUUUAAGCACAAGGAGAUAUGACUGGAUAGAGUAUGAAAAUGGACGGAGCCUUGGACAAAGGUCAAGCUGUAAGAGGUCGGUGACCAAGGUAGAUUCGUGGUGGCGCUGGCUUUUCUGGCAUUGUUCUUAUUGUUUCUGCUUCUGUGAUGACCCCAAAGAUAUUAGGUCUCACCGUUUUUUCAACAUGCGUGAGGUUACAAGCGAUACCACAAAUAACAAAGUGAUAACUGGUCUGAGAUUUGUUAAAAAGAAUAAAAUUAUCCAUUUACAAAUUCAACAAGGCACACUGCUCAAGAAUGGAGCAAUUAAUGUUUCUACAGUAGCAUGGCGAGCAGUUGACGAUUACAAAACUGAUGAUGAUGGAAUAAAGGCCGGAGUAGAUUACCACGUUCUCACUUGGGAGCAACGAGCAAUCGAUUUAGAUGACUUAAUCGCACCAGAAGGCUAUGUCUUAACAGGCGUAAGAUUCAGAAGAAUAGGAGGCCAUUUGAAUCUUGAAAUUAAAGUCACCAAGAUGGAUUUCAAGAAUGGGACGCUGGUGAAUAAUGGAAAGAAAACCAUGUGGAUAGGCAAUGACAAUACCGACGGUGCACACUACAAUCCAAGGAGACGAUUGACAAUGACAAAUCCAGACAACCCGAUUAAAAACUCAGGGGUGACACUUCCUGAUUCAGUGCAUGACCAGUUUAUUGAAUUUACAAACUCCGACCUGGAUCUCGACGCUGGUCAGACAGUCGUACCUUUCAUUGACAUGCAGGUUGUAACACCAGAGCCACCAGUCCCUCUUGUUGGUGCAGGGAUAUACCACAAAGGGAAAAAAUACUCAGGAGGGUUCAUCGCUCCGAAAGUAUUCACAAUGGACUACAGUUCACACAUAUACAAGUUUUUUCCUGAAGUGAAUGAAGCUGAAUUAAUCAAUUGAAUAAAAACAAAAAUAGUUAAUUUGAUUUGAAAUAUUUUUUUCUAAAAAGUGCUACUUUACUUUAUUUGUGAUAUAUAUAAAGACUUGAUAUUAUUUAUAAAGCACUUUAUUUUGGAGUUGGAGUUUUUUGUCAAAUAGUGUACAUUCCAACAAGCAAUAAUUUAUAUUGGUGAAAGCCAAUUUAAUGUAUAGUGUAAUAAAAUAAAUGUUUU